AUGGCGAGCUCGUCAAGACUACGAAUGAUGAACUGCUACGACAUUCUGGAGAUACCACCAGAUGCAUCUUUGAAGGACAUCAACAGUGCCUACAAGAGACUCGCUUUGAAGCACCAUCCGGACAAAACAAAAGGUGAUGACGCCGCUAUCAAGUUCCAGAAGAUCACCGAAGCCGUCGAGAUUCUCCGGAACUCAAUUACCCGCCGAGAGCACGACAUGCAACUCGGUCGGAGAUACAGACCCUACAGCGAGGAGGAACGUCUCUUCGCUAGCCCUGAUUACAAGGGAUGGAAGCCCAAUGGCAUAUAUGGGGACACCUCUGUCCGCAAGAAUCGGUACAUGUUCAGCUUUGGCGAGAGCGUUCAUAUGAACCCCCAGUCCAAAGAAUCGCAGGAAGAAAUAGCUCGUUGGGACAGAACCCGCGAAGAGGAGGUAGAAAGAGAGAAUCAGGAGAAAAUCUGCCGAGCUGCUGAGGAAUUUGCCGCUGAAGAGUCAGAAUCAAUACAUCAAAGGGCCUGGUAUUUCGUCUGGAACCAUCCCGAGUCGCAGGAAGAACUGCCUCGCUUCGACGGAACUCGUGAAGCAAGCGCAGAGACAGAGGAGCAGGAAAAUAUUCGUAUAUCUGCUGGGAAAUUUAUCUCUGAUGAUUCAACGGAGAAUACAGAUUGUCAGAAGGCCUGGCGGUCUGUCCUGAACUCGGACGAACAACCUUUUGACGUGCCAAGGCAAACAUAUAGCGGUAGAGCAUACAAUGGACUUUGGCCAGUUUGUUGUGCUGGAGUAAGGCCUAACGAGGAAUCUCACGGAGUGCUCAAAACUGAUCCUGUUGGCGGAGCUGGGAUUGGCCUAGAAGCGGAGGUUAGAGAGAAACAUGAGCAUGAUUGUGAUACUGACGCCCAGUCUGAGACUGAUGGCUAUUGUAACAUCGCAUCUGGAUUAAGUUUCGACCUUGAUGCUUAUCCGAACGUCGUCCCUGAUACUGAAGGUAACGCCAAGUUUGGAAUGCAACCAGUGAAUGUGCUCAAAGCCGAUCAAAACAGCGACGUCAAAUCCGAGAUUAACAUUCUCCUAAGCAGGAUUGAGUAUGAGCGCCGCAAUACUGCUGCUGAAGCAGAUAUUGAGAUCUUUCUUCCUCUCGAGAAAGAGCUCCAAACUGGUUCUAGCCUCCAUGAUGCAACAGAUGCCGAUGUUAAAACCACCGUCGAGGACCACACUUCUAUUCAUAUGGCAUCGCACCAGCGCAGCAUAGAGAAAGACCUGCCUGCAUCCGAAUAUUCGGCAGUCUACGCGAUGAUUGGUGCCUGGCCCUGUUCAAGUGAAGACACUCGAGUUAAAGCAAACGCAAUCUCUAGCGGAGACACAGAAGACGAAAGCGCUGGCUCUAUUUACUAUGACUUUAGUGAUGCACCAUCAUAUCAUUCAAGUCAUUCAGAAAACGAAGAUCACCAUGACCUCUUUACCGAAGAAAUAUCCAGCGUGGAUCACAGCGAUGCCUCGCCAACCCCUGUGUGGUAUGACUUCGCCGAGUUCGACGAAGCGAACGUCUACCCCCACUUAGCUUCUUUCAUCCCAUACUUUGCCUCGAAAUUAGCUGACGAGAAUGGCCGUUAUAGCAGAGAGGAUUUCUACGGUGAACUGAAAGGCAUGAUUAUGGAGACAUAUUGCGGUUGGCUUGAGACUGUGCGUAUGACCAUUCCAGGUGCGGCAAGCUCAGCGAAUACUCUUGACCCAAUUGGGUGCCGCCAUUUAGGCUACUGGAAGAAAGACUUGGGACACGAGGAGUGCGAGGGGUGCGAUUUGUGGAGGCCGAUAUAUACCCUUGUCUGCCCCGGUUGCGGCGUUAAGAGUGGCUUCCAUGACUUCUUGUUAAAUUGCUUGUCUGUUGGCCUAAGCAUGGGCCAAAAGGCGAGUGUGACAAUUGAGUAA